UCUAUAUACCAUUUUUAGGACAUAAAAGUAUUAAUGAAUGCCAUUACAGCUCCGUUUCUCUCUUUUGUUUCUAAAAUCUGCUUUUUCGUUUUCCCAUUCCUGGGAAUUGGAAUUGAAACUUAACCCCAAAAGCAUGAGGCUAUGAAGGGUGGUUUCCAGGGCUGAUGAUUUCUCUUCGUCUCAUCGACCCGACCCAGCCCGACCCUGCUUCGUCGUCUCUGUAGAUUUGGAUUCAUUUUUUCUUUCAGAAAAAAUAUGAAGCUCAGUAUUGUUGUUUUGUGGAUCGUAGAGAUCAUCUCCAUCCAUGCAAUUGGAGUUGUUUCCAAAACCAAUGCCCCCGAUGUUUCUGCACUGAAUGUGAUGUACACUAGUCUAAAUUCACCUUCACAACUAUCGGGUUGGAAAUCGAGUGGGGGUGACCCAUGUGGCGAUUCUUGGGAAGGGAUCAAAUGCUCAGGAUCAUCCGUCACUGAAAUAAGUUUGUCGGACUAUGGACUGAGUGGAUCAAUGGGUUACCAGCUCUCGAAUUUGGCAUCCGUCACCAGCUUUGAUUUGAGCAAGAACAAUCUCAACGGCGAAAUCCCGUAUCAGCUUCCUCCUAAUUGUGUUAACAUCGAUCUCUCUGAAAACAGCUUCACUGGUAGUGUGCCUUAUUCAAUUUCUCAGAUGUCUGAUCUUGAAACUUUAAAUCUUGGACAUAACAAGCUCAAUAACCAAUUGAGUGACAUGUUUAGCAAGCUUUCUAAGCUCAAAAGGAUGGAUCUGUCAUACAACUCACUCUCAGGAAACUUGCCUCUAAGUUUUAAGAAGCUUUCAAGCCUCAGCACACUGCACAUACAGGAAAAUAAAUUUACAGGUUCAAUCAAUGUUCUUGCAGACCUUCCACUUGAUGAUUUAGAUGUUUCAAACAACAAAUUCACUGGCUGGGUUCCUGAUAGCCUUGAGGACAUAAAUAGUUUGCAGACUGUAGGAAAUUCUUGGUCGUCCGGACCAGCUCCUCCUCCUCCACCAGGAUCAGCGUCCAAUCCAAACAAAAACUCGGAGAAGAAGGAAUCCGGCGGCGGCCACGGCGGAGUCAGCGGCAUAGCCAUGGCCGGAAUAGCAAUGGGAGUUCUUGCCGUACUUGCCAUUGUUCUGGCCCUCUUCUCCAGAAGGCGAUCGGCCCCUCCUUCAUCCCAUUAUCUGGACGACGACGCCAGCACCCACCACAGAUCCUUCACUCCACUCGCCUCUCAAGAACUCUCCAAAGACACAAAAUCCGUCAACUCAGACGCUUCUCUGGACAUC